GUGCAAUGGAUCAUUAUCCUCCCCCAAACUUAUCAGAUGCAAGAAAUACCAACUUUGUUCCUGCAGUUCCUCAGACGUUUCGAGUGAAGGAGAGCCAACCUCCCCGCCAAAUUGGAACUUCGAUGGCUCAUCGACGGUGGGCCUCUCUUUCCUUGGGCCAAGAAGUUUCUAUUGCACCAUAUGAUCCUAGUCUCGAGAGUACCAACAUUUAUCUAGGAAAAUUGGAUUUAGAAGUUGGUUUUUUGAGAAAAACCACGGAGAAUAAAGAGCAUUUUGAUACUGAAGAGAUGUCAAAAAUAUUUUAUGAGGUAAUGUUCUACUGUUUUUGUAAUAGUUUAUUAAACCAUUAA